UCGUUAUUAAGUAAGUACAAGUAGCGGGAAGAAGCAGCAGGCCAGCAGCGGCGGGCACGCGACGACUCUCGCUGACGCAGAAGGCCGUGCUGCGGGAACGACGGUGGAAGCAUGGAGACGACGACGACUCCUCUCCUGACGCAAUACAAGAUGGGCAGCUUCAACCUUGCGCACAGGGUUGUCCUUGCUCCACUGUCGCGGUGUAGGUCGUACGGGAACCUCGCCCAGCCGCACAACGCGGUGUACUACGCGCAGAGGGCUGCGCCGGGCGCCCUCCUCGUCGCCGAGGCCUGCGCCGUGUCCGAGGCCGCGCGGGGCUACCCGCACGUCCCCGGCCUGUGGAGCCCGGAGCAGGUGGAGGCGUGGAAGCCGGUGGUCGACGCCGUACACGCCAAGGGCGCCGUCUUCUUCUGCCAGAUAUGGCACACGGGCCGCGUCUCGCCCACCGAGUUCCAGCCUAAUGGGCAAGCUCCGGUGUCGAGCACGGAUAAGCAGGUGACGCCUGAGGUCUUCCAUGACGGUAGUGUCCUGGAGUUCGCGGCCCCUCGAAGGCUGGAGACGGAGGAGAUACCCCACAUCGUCAACGACUUCCGGAUCGCCGCUAGGAACGCCAUGAGAGCCGGGUUCGACGGCGUGGAGAUCCACGCGGGCAACGGUUACCUGAUCGACCAGUUCAUGAAGGACGGCGUCAACGACCGGACUGACGCCUACGGCGGCGGCCUGGACAACCGCUGCCGCUUCGCCGCGGAGGUGAUCGCGGCCGUGUGCCACGAGGCCGGCGCGGGCCGCGUCGGCGUGCGCCUCUCCCCGUUCGCCGACUACGUCGACUGCGUGGACUCCGAUCCGGAGGCGCUCGGGCUGCACGUGAUCGGCGUCAUGAACGGGCUCGGCGUCCUCUACUGCCACAUGAUCGAGCCGCGGAUGUGCGUCAACGAGCGGAUGAUCCCGCGCCGCCUGCUGCCGUUCAGGAGGGCGUUCAGGGGGACCUUCAUGGUGAACGGCGGGUACGACCGGGAGGAAGGGGACAAGGCCGUCGUCGAAGGCUACGCUGAUCUUGUGGCGUACGGGCGGCUCUUCCUGGCCAGCCCCGACCUGCCGGAGAGGUUCGGGAGGAACGCAGUUCUGAAUAAGUAUGACAGGAGCACGUUCUACACCUCUGAUCCUGUUGUUGGCUACACCGACUACCCUUUUCUUGAUCCGGAGGAUUAGCUAACGUAGCUAACUGGUUGGUUCACUGUUGUCGUGCUUUUUUUUGUUGAACUUAUUACUGUUGUCGUGCUUGGGACUUGGGAGUUCUACCAUCAUCGUUGAUUAAGAAGUAACUCAAAGCUCA